AUGAAGCCAAUGCUGCUGGUCCGACUACUUUUCUAUUUGUGGGUGGUACUGAAAGUGUGGAGAAAGGCCGUUGCGAAAAUAGCACGAGCGGCGGCAGAAGCGGCAGCUGCAAGUAAAGAGGCGGCGACCGCAACAAAGAAAAGAGGAGUGGACAACGAGAGAUUGUCGGCAGACCUCGUGGCCGCACAAGCAACAGUGGCGGAACUCAAAGCCGAACUCGCCCUUUUCAAAGCCAAGGAGGCGGCCAAGAGAGAAGAGGAAUCAGAGAGAGUGGAGGCCGAUGAGGCGAGAAGACGGAGAGAGGAAGUCGCGGCGAAGAUUGAAGUGUUUCUGCUUGCGUCAGGACAUCCGGACUGGUACGUGCACGUGGGAGAUGAGCAGCUAUGCGAGAAAGCAGCCAACAGCGGACAUAUCGAGGUGCUUCAAUGGGCAAGAAAACAAAAAUGCCCUUGGGAUGAGGCGACGUGCUCAAACGCGGCAUUUUUCGGGCACCUUGAGGUUCUCCAAUGGGCAAGAAACAACGGAUGCCCCUGGAACAAGUACACGUGCCAUGGAGCGGUUUGGAACGGACAUCUUGAGGUCCUUCAAUGGGCAAGAAACAACGGAUGCCCCUGGGACGAGACGACGUGCUAUGGAGCAGCUGCUGGUGGCCACCUUACUCUCCUGCAAUGGGCGCGAAGCAACGGGUGUCCCUGGGACAGGUUCACGUGUACAAACGCUGCUGAGAACGGGCAUCUCGAUGUGCUUCAAUGGGCAAGAAGCAAUGGAUGUCCCUGGGACGAGAGCGCGUGCACUUACGCGGCUUUCAACGGACAUCUUGAGGUCCUGCAAUGGGCAAGAAAGAACGGAUGCCCCUGGGACGAGAGCACGUGUUCCUACGCGGCUUUCAACGGGCACCUUGAGGUGCUUCACUGGGCAAGAAGCAACGGAUGCCCCUGGGAUGAGACGACGUGUUCUCGAGCGUCCUCGGGAGGACACCUAGAGGUGCUUCAGUGGGCAAGAAACAAUAGAUGCCCCUGGUCUAGAGAAGAGUGUUUACGACUGGCUCACGGAAACCACGAUCAUGUGUCUGCGUGGAUUCGCAACAAUUAGAUCAACACCCAACAGGGGAGCGUGCAUCGGCAACGACACUUCCCGUAGACGAUAAGGCACGGAUGGAUGCCUUUCUCGGUAUUUAGAGGCCAAGGGUUGCUAGUACUGCUGUAAGGGCAAGAGGGGGAUGUCAGGGUUCCGGGGCAUGUGAGAAGUUGAUGAGGCCGAUAUACCACUGACGAGACCUCAACGAGAUGGGAUGCGGGGCGAACAGCAUUGCAGUCGUGCUCAGCAUUGCGAAACGAGUU